UUGAAAUUUCAUAAACAAAUCCACGUUUUUCAGAUUUACCUUUGUUUUGCACAACAACCCGGAAAGAUGCCGUUUUACCUGAUGAUGCAGCCGAUCCUCGGGGUUGUCAUGGUGAUGGUCACAGACGGAGCGCGGGUGCUGAGCGGUCAGACGGUGUGUUCGGGCGGUCCGGGGCGUCCCUGCUAUAAGAUCGCAUAUUUCCAUGAUGUGUCCAGUCGCGUUGCGUUCAGGGAGGCGUGUCGAGCCUGCGAGAUGGACGGGGGGUCGCUGCUCAGCAUCGAGAGCCCGGCCGAACAGAUGGACAUCGAAAACCUGCUGCAGGAGCUGCGUUCAGGAGCAGUGGGAGGUGCAGGAGGAGGAGGUAUAGCGGACGGUGAUUUCUGGAUCGGUCUGACUCGAGUGGACGGAGUCGAUCAGACUCAUCCUGAACUCAGCAGCAGCUUCACUUCCUGUCCACAGCUCUACCACUGGACCGACGGCAGCGCGGCCGCCUUCAGGAACUGGUACUUCGACGAGCCGUCCUGUGGAGGAGAGGCCUGUGUCGUCAUGUAUCAUCAGCCAACAGCACUACCUGGUCUGGGCGGGGCUUAUCUCUACCAAUGGAACGACGACCGCUGCAACAUGAAACACAACUUCAUCUGCAAAUACAAACCAGAGAGCCAUGUUGUGACGGGUCACACACCUGGGGGGCGGAGCACAGAGACGACAGCAGGUGGAGGCGUGGUCAAACAGACUGCAGGCAGCGAGGAGGGUCGCCCUCAGGUCACCAUGGCUGGAACUUCAGGCAUGUUACUGGUCUACGUGAUCAUUCCCACAAUCCCCCUGCUGCUACUCAUCCUGGUGGCUUCUGGGACAUGUUGUUUUCAGAUGCUCAGCAGAAGUAAUCCCCGCACAAAGACCGCCACCAAUCAAUCAAACCUGUGGAUCUCCAGGACGCCCAAACCCGACAGCAUGGAGGUCUGAAACCACCAUCGUGUGACAUCACAGGAGCAUCAGGGGAUGACAUCACUUCACGGCUCGGCCAAUCAUCAUCAGGAGCAGGGGGCGACGAUGUCAUCUGUUACUGUACUGCAGUUUGUCUCCUUCCUUCCUCUUCUAUCCUGUCAACAUGUCCUUCUUUCUUUCCCUUCUCUCCUCCUUUCUUUCCUUAACUCCUGUGUUUCCUGUGGUGGUGUCAUGUUACAGGACUGACCCCCCCCAAACCUUCUGAUGUUUAAUUGAACAUGUGCAGUUAAUGAAGUGAGAGUGAUU